GGAGACGCGUUGGCAAUUUCCUAAACACAGGUCUGUCACUUCAGUAUCAUCCGAGGCCGGGGCAGGGUAGAGGUGUGUGCGUGUUUGUUGGAUGUAAUACCGACUGGGAGAGGAUUUGCUGAUACAGAAGACACUGGGACACCGAUUUGACAUGAGCAGGUUGCCCUGAUAUGGACAAAGAGAUGAUUCCCAAAUUUUCAACAAAGGACGAGGAGGUUGACUACUGGAAGUCCCAAGCCCUCAAAUAUAAGAAAAGUUGCCAUGAUGCCCAAGAGGAGCUGCAGGAGUUUCAGGAGGGGAGCCGAGAACUGGAGGCAGAGUUGGAAGCACAGCUUGGCCAGACUGAACACCGCCUUCGAGACCUUCAAAGUGAAAACGAGAGACUGAAGAUCGAGGUGUCAAACCUCAAGGAGAAGCUGGAGCACCAGUAUUCCCAGAGUUAUAAGCAGAUUUCUAUGCUAGAGGAUGACCUAGGCCAGACGCGCAGCAUCAAGGAGCAGCUCCACAAAUAUGUCCGAGAGCUUGAGCAGGCCAAUGACGACCUGGAGAGAGCCAAAAGGGCGACAAUAGUGUCUCUCGAGGACUUUGAGGGACGUUUAAACCAGGCCAUUGAGAGAAAUGCCUUCCUGGAGAGUGAGCUGGAUGAGAAGGAGUCUCUCCUGGUGUCCGUGCAGCGGCUGAAAGACGAAGCAAGAGACCUGCGACAGGAACUGGCAGUAAGGGAGCGGACUACAGACAGGAUGUCAGCACCCAGCUCACCUACUUUAGACAUCGACAAGAUUGAUUCUGCAGUACAGGCUUCUUUAUCUCUCCCAGCUACACCUGUAGGAAAGAACAUAGAGCACCCUUUUAUCACCUCAAAAGCGUUGACCAAUGGCUGUGGCAACUCAUCCCUCACUCCGUCUGCUCGAAUCUCAGCUCUUAAUAUUGUUGGGGAUCUCCUGAGGAAAGUUGGGGCGUUGGAGUCGAAGCUCGCUGCCUGUAGAAACUUUGCCAAAGACCAGGCUGCGAGGAAAAAUUACUCGAAAGACAACAGCACACUCAUCAACAGCAACGCCACCAAGUUCUCUCACUCUCUACAUACGACCUACUUCGACAAGACGACUGUUAACGGAUUGGACCCCAGCUCUUUGACCUCCAUGGCAGCAACCAGAGCCGUGCCCCCGCCAGGCAUGCUGCCUCUGAGCGUGUGAGGCUAUCCCCUAACCACAUUAACCUCCACCAAAUACAACGUGGGAACAGAGAGGACACUUGAAAGACCAUUACAUUGUGUGUGUAUGUGAGUGUGUGAGAGAGAAAGUAAGAAAGUGUUUGAAAGGAAGACUGAUGUGUAUGUGUGUGUAUGUGUGUGUGUGUGUGUGUGUGUGUGUGUGUGUGUGUGUGUGUGUGUGUGUGUGUGUGUGUGUGUUUGCCUGGUUGGGAUUGUGCAUUUUUCUGAACGUGAUGUGUGAAAGAGAGGUUUGACUUUACCAUGACCUUGCCUCCAGGUUGCAGCUCUAAAUGCAUCUGUGAGUAGGUGCACAGACGUGUGUGUGCGCAUAUGUUCCUACCACAUGCUUGCAUGUGCCUAAAGCUGUACUGUACUGUGCUUGUAUGAAUGUCACUGCAAAUGCGAUGCUCUCUAGAUGUCAACUCUGAAUUGGCUCCUUUAUAUUCUUAGUUCCACUGUUCAUCUGAAAAACUUCUCUCCUGACAAAAGGUCUGUUACUGACCACAGCUUCCGUAUCAACCUUCCUUUCCUCCUCUGUUUUCUCUUAAAUUGCACAGCUAAGCUUAAUUCAAUUCAGAAUGUAUUAUAUUUAAAAAGGGAUGUGUGUUAACUAAUUUAUCUUUCACAGUUUGCUUUAAAAUGCAAUAUUUCUAUUUGCUCUUUUUCUUGCAUGUUUGCAUAUGUAAUGUGGGGUUGGGGAGGUCGAGUGGGACCCCAUAUUCUUGACUGAAGUGAAUGUUGAUCGUUCAAAGCCAUGUAGCCAUAGUGCAGUUGCUCCUUUUGUUACUGGCUACUUGCUUACAUUAAUUUUUUUUGAAGUAGCCUCUUUGUUUAAGCUUAGAAAUAUCAGCUGGUUCUGUCCUCUGGGUUAAACCUGCACUUAAACUAACUGAUCCCACAGGUUUUGCUGCAGGCGGGGAUUUUCCAUCUGUGGACAUCUGUUGACUUUUUGAGGGAACGGUUUUGCCUUUUUUUUAUUGUUUAAUGUAUACUUUUUUUUAUCUUGUGGCUGGCUCAUUUACCUCAUUCUGAUGUUGUUAAAAUUAGCUGUAGUGAACUUUUAUUUUAUUUAACCUUUAUUUAACCAGGUUGGUCCCAUUGAGAUCAAUAACCUCUUUUUCCAAGGGAGACCUUUUAAUAUUAGCAGGUCAAUUUGGAUACUCAAGCAAAAGCAAACUGACUCCAGGUUCCUUUUUAUAGGAAGAUCUUUCCAUUUUGGCAAUUGUACACAAGUAAAUGGUCAACUGUGGCCUCUAUAUCAAACAGCACAUUGGCUUACCAUCUGUGGUGUGUGGUUUCACUUGACUAUUUGUUUAAACAGGUUGGAUAUAGAAAAUGCAUUCACUCAACAUCAGAUAAUUUGAUUGUCAAUUGAAGUCAAUAUUACCCUCCAAAAUGCCCCUUCUCAUAGAUCUGUGUGUCACUAUCUUGAAGCAUAAAUUGAAUCAUUUUAGUUUUCCUGUUAAUCUGAUAAUAUAAGAUGUCAUUUUUGGGCACUUGAUAAGCCUGUUACUAAAGCUUGUUUUACAACAAGUGUAAAUAGCUUGUAAGGAUGGUCAUUUGUACAUAGUGAAAUUUGGAAUUGAGGUCCUAUUUAUUUCAGAUUCUGUAUGGCAUGUUCAGACAAUUACAUGGUUUAAGCCAUUGUAUUAUAGUAUUCAAAUGUUUGUCAAAGUUGUUUAAGUAAAUAAAGAUUGAGAUUACAAAUGUG